AUGGAAACUAGGAUAGGAGCUGUAAAUCUAUAGAAGAUAGAAGCUAGAAAGGAAGGGAAUCUAGUAAUUGGUAGCUAGACUACAUGAGGGAUAAAGAUAAAAGAAAGAAGGAUAACUACUAGCAUCUGAAAUAUUGAAUACUGGUGGUUGUUUGGUUCUAAGCUUUUAAAUGGUUGUUACCUGCUAGUUGUUACAGAAAUGGUUCUAAAUGGAGCUACUCCCCCAAGAGGAAGUGAAGCUGCUGCUUCUAGCCUGCGUAGGAGGAGGACAACUGGUGGGGCAGCUGCAGGAGGAGCAAGUGGGAAUAUGCUGCAGUUUUACACUGAUGAUGCCCCGGGACUCAAGAUUUCCCCCAAUGUCGUUCUUAUCAUGAGUAUUGGUUUCAUAGCCUUUGUUGCUAUUCUCCAUGUCAUGGGUAAGCUGUACUUUGUGUGGAGAGAGGCUUAAAAAGGAUCUCACAAGGUAAAGUUGGAAGAGCAUCUAUGCUUUAUGGGAUAUUGCGAAUGCACAUGGAAGGGAGGAUUUGGAGGGGGCUACAUCAAUUGUACCAUUGCUGUUGAAAUGAAAGGAUCUAUGCGUUUAUGUUACAUGGAUUGAUCUUUCUUAGGUUCA